UAAACGAAAUGGAUACUUCAAAAUAUCUCUUCCUUUUAUCCAUAAACUUCUUUUUUUCGUCCGUGCUGUCGGUUCAGAUGUGUGAUGUUAUUAUUGAAAUUGCGUUGGCGAGAAAUCAGUGCAUGGCACAGGUGGAGUUAGAGAACAUCACUUCAGGUUGCAUGGGAAUGUGGGACAACAUCAGCUGCUGGCCCUCCGCCAGAGUGGGAGAGGUGGUGACUAUCCCCUGCCCAGACUACUUCAAGUACUUCAGCAACCAGCACAAGGGCAAUCUGUCAAAAACAUGCACACUGGAUGGAUGGACUGAGAUGCCCCCCAUUGCCUACGCCCUGAACUGUGGUUAUAAUCCCAACAGCACCAUCGGGGAAGAAGCGGGGAAAUUCUUUUGGUCGGUAAAGAUUGGCUACACCAUCGGCCACAGUGUGUCUCUGAUCUCACUCACUGUGGCCAUCAUCAUCCUGUGCUUCUUUAGGAAGCUCCACUGCACCAGAAACUACAUCCAUAUGCACCUGUUUGUGUCCUUCAUACUGAAAGCCAUUGCUGUCUUCAUUAAGGAUGUGGUCCUCUACGAAGUGGGGGAGACCGAUAACUGCUCCUCUGAAUCAGUGGGGUGCAAAGCUGUCAUGGUCUUCUUCCAGUAUGGCAUCAUGGCCAGCUUCUUCUGGCUCUUAGUAGAAGGCCUGUAUCUCCAUGCCCUAUUGGCUGUUUCAUUCUUCUCUGAGAGGAAAUAUUUCUGGUGUUAUAUUCUGAUUGGCUGGGGAGGCCCAACGGUUUUUAUCACAGCAUGGAGCAUCACAAAAGCCUACUUCAAAGAUGUUGGAUGCUGGGAUAUCAUUGAAAAGACAGACCACUUCUGGUGGAUCAUCAAGACACCAAUUUUAGCAUCAAUACUGAUGAACUUCAUUCUCUUCAUCUGCAUCAUCCGUAUACUCCGUCAGAAGAUAAACUGCCCAGACAUAGGGCGGAAUGAAUCAAACCAGUAUUCGAGGUUGGCAAAAUCUACUCUGUUACUGAUUCCUCUCUUUGGCAUAAACUAUAUAAUAUUUGCCUUCAUCCCUGACCACAUGAAUGCUGAGAUAAGGCUGGUGUUCGACCUCAUCCUGGGGUCAUUUCAGGGGUUUGGAGUGGCAGUGCUAUACUGUUUCCUAAAUGGAGAGGUGCAGGCAGAGAUUAAGAGGAAGUGGAGGCGGUGGCACUUACAGCGUUUCCUGGGCUCUGACACAAAAUACCAGCAGCCUUCCCUGGGCUCCAAUGGCAAUAAUUUCAGCACCCAGAUCACUGUCCUCACCAAGGGCAGCCCCACAACACGCCGUCAGUCCACUGGCCAGGACGACUUCUCUGCACUCUGA